AUGUAUGAACCUAAAACAUUUAGCGAUGAUAUUUCAAAAGUUUCUUGGAAUAAUUUGGAAAAUGUUACUGACAUAAACGCUCGUUUGGAAGAAUUUAACAAUGCUUUCUUUGCAGUAUUGGAACUGCAUGCACCAGUUAAAUUAAUGUCAUUUAAACAUCGUACAAGUUCCUUCAUAACUCCUGAAAUAAAAGAUCAAAUGAAAGUGAGAGACUCUCUUUUACGGAGAGCAAGGAAAACGCGGUGUCAAAUUGACUGGGCCCUUUACAAAGAGCGGACACAGACUGAAAUUAAAAGAAUGAUUACCGAAGCGGAAAAAUUGUUUGUCGAUAAUGAAAUUAUGCAAAAUAAGAACAAUAGUCAUGCCAUUUGGAAAACUAUUCGGAGGUACACAUCAAAUAAACCAAAAGAAUUGGUAAAAUCGGAAAAUCCCAAAAAAGUUGCAAAUUAGUUCAAUUCAUAUUUUGCUUCCGUGGGCACUUCAACCGCUGAAUCUGUUAAGAAAUUGGCACAAGAGCAUCAUAUACCUGUCAUAGAGCAUCAAGCUUUAAAACACUACCCGGAAUCAGAGCAGUUUUCCCUCAGCCAAAUAACUAGAGAGGAACUUGUAGCUGUGGUAAUGAAUAUAUGCUUUCAAAUAAAUCUCCUGCAUAGUAUGGAUAAAGUGACUACAAAGGUUAUAAAAGAUUGCCUACUUACUGUUUCCAAGCCUUUAACAGAAAUAAUUAAUUUAUCGUUCACCUCCAAUAUAUUUCCCACGGCUUGGAAGAUCGCUGAAGUAGUGCCUCGUGUAAAGGACGGAGAUAGUGAAGUUGCAAGUAACAAGCGACCAAUCUCUUUAUUAGUGACCAAUUCUAAAAUUUGUGAAAGAAUAGUCUUUAGCCAACUCUCAAAUUAUCUUGAAGAACAUAAUCGACUUACAAGUCAUCAAACUGGCAACAAAUGUAAACAUUCGACUGAAUCAGUUCAUUUGUUGGUAACUGACCAUAUUCUCAAUGCUAUAUCGAUGAAAAGAAAGUCACCGUUCUUGUUUUGCUUGAUUUGAGUAAAGCAUUCGAUAGUAUCGACCACGAUCGUCUCCUUCACAAGUUGCAGAACUGUGAAAUCUCGUCAAAUACACUAGAAUGGUUUCGGAGCUAUCUUACUGGACGAAUGCAAGCUGUUCGGAUUGGCGCUGAAAUAUCGGACUUACCGCUUCCCAUAACGAAAGGAGUUCCACAAGGUAGUAUAUUAAAACCCUUAUUGUUCAAUUUAUUCAUCAAUGAUCUUCCUUGUAUCCCGCUAAACAGUGAAGUGGAAAGUUAUGUAGAUGACUCUAAACUGUUUUAA